UCCUAUUUUUACACCAUGCUUAAUCUUGAUUCUACUCCCACCAAUAUGACAACCCACCCCACACAGGAUCGUAGGAUCCUGUUUCUUUUUCCCCUUGCAUUAGGCUCUUUUUUUCUUCUUGGAACCGUUAGAGUUUUACUUGAUAACUUGAAAAACAACCAAUUCCAAUUUCUCUGGCAAUCAAGUUUUUCUAGGGAUAAUAAUAAGUUUCUUAGAGUGCCAAUAAAUGUUACAUUAGAUGAGGUCAUUGAAGAAAGUUGCAAUGUGUUUGAAGGGCAAUGGGUUUGGGACAAUGUUACAUAUCCACUGUAUAAAGAAGACACUUGUCCUUAUUUGGUUAAACAAGUUACUUGUCAAAGAAAUGGAAGGCCUGAUUCUUUGUAUCAGAAUUGGAGAUGGCAGCCUCACGGUUGUAAUUUGCCCAGGUUCAAUGCUUUGAAGAUGCUGGAGAUGUUGAGAGACAAAAGGCUCAUGUUUAUUGGAGACUCCAUCCAGAGAGGCAUGUUUGAGUCAAUGGUCUGUCUAGUUCAAUCAGUGAUUGCAGAUGGUGACGAUUCCAUUAUAAGAGUUCCUCCCAGAAAGAUUUUCAGAAUUGAGGAAUUUAAUGCAUCGAUCGAGUAUUAUUGGGCUCCUUUCAUGGUUGAAUCCAUUUCAGAUCAUGCAACUAAUCAUACUGUACUGAAGCGACUAGUUAAGCUUGACUCUGUAGAAAAGCAUCGCAAGCUUUGGGAAGGAGUUGAUAUUUUGGUAUUUGAAAGCUACGUGUGGUGGAUGCAUAAACCUUUCAUCAAUGCAACGAACUGGGAAUGGAAAGGUGGAAUUGAUGGAAAUUGCUUUAACGAGACACAACCCAUCCGAGGACCCUACUGGGGAACUGGUUCAAAUCUUGAAAUCAUGUCAAUCUUAAAAGAUGUCAUAAAUAAACUGCAAAUCAAUGUGCGGUUGCUGAAUAUUACUCAAUUGUCUGAGUACAGAAAAGAUAGUCACACUUCAGUUUUCGGUGAACGGAGGGGAAAACUCUUGACUAGACAACAAAGAUCAGAGCCAAAAGCUUAUGCUGAUUGCAUUCAUUGGUGCUUACCAGGAGUACCUGAUACAUGGAAUGAGUUGUUGUAUGGAAUUUUGUUGCAAGAUUACCGCAAUCACUGACACCGUAAAUUCUCCUUUUUGAAAGAAUUGUUUAAUAGAUGAUACUCUUCUUAGUCCUCUUAAAAUUUACUAACCUUUUAAAUCACAGUCUCAAGAUUACUUUUCUGCAAACUGAAAUUAUUAUGAGAAAAUGUAAGAUCACCAUCUAAAAUGUUGUAAGUUACUGUAACUAGACAAUAGUCUGAUAUUUUUUCAAGGUUGAGCAAACAUUAGACCUAAAUCUACCAUUGUUAAGAAGAGCAACUUUCAGAA